AUGAUGGGCGGCUUCGUCUCCAGGAUCCUCCUGCUGGUUUUCGGCUAUGCGUAUCCUGCAUACGAGUGCUACAAGACUGUUGAACUGAACAAACCUGAGAUCGAGCAACUCAUAUUCUGGUGUCAGUACUGGAUUUUAGUUGCCCUUAUGACGGUUAUGGAGAGGUUUGGAGAUUUAACAAUAUCAUGGCUACCAUUUUACUCAGAGGCAAAGCUGCUGUUCUUUAUAUACUUGUGGUACCCCAGGACAAAGGGGACUACCUACAUUUAUGGAACUUUCUUUAAACCAUACAUUUCACAGCAUGAGAAUGAAAUUGACCGGAAUUUGCUUGAGUUGAGAGCUCGGGCCAGCGAUGUUGUUGUCGUUUAUGUCCAGAAGGUUGCUGCUGUUGGACAAAAUACCUUCUUUGAUGUUUUGAAGUAUGUUGCGUCACAGUCACCAUCCCAGAAAUCAAAGCAACGUCCUCAGGAACCACAGCAGCCUCAGCAACAGCAAUCACAACCACAACCGCAGGUGCAGCAGCAGCAACCACAAAGGCAAGCGCAGCCUGUUAUGCGCAGAGCAGCAUCUAUCGCUGCUCGGCAAGCAGCAAUGGCACAGCAAGCUCAGGAGACCAAGCCCGUUUCCCCCAAGAUCAAGCGUCAAGCAUCAGCCAAAGGUGGUCCAGCGGCAUCGGUGAAACCAGCCGCGGCUGCUGCACCCACAGCAAAACCCGAUGAGAAGACAAAGAAAAGUGAGGCGAAACCUGCGGCCGAGCCAGUGCCGGCUCCAGCUGCUGACGCUGUCGCACCAAGGCCCGAGCCUAAGGCCCAGCCGGCCCCUGAAGCCGAAGCAUCGGACGACAUGGCGAUCGACGAGGCUGACGUCGCCGUGGAGGGCGCCGAAGAGGUUGAUCCUGCGCUAGAGGAGACGGUCAUGGAGGAGACCAUCCGCGUGACACGCGCCAAGCUAAGGAGGCGUGCCGCCGCCGAGGCGGGCGCGUGA